CCCUGAGCCCCGAUGCCAAAGCCUAUUAUCACACUGACAACGAUUUGACCAAAAUAACGGGAAAGUGGCGACGUUCGGUAUAAAUGUCCUGUUUCUACGCCAAAACUACACCAUCGGCGACCCCCGAUUAAAGCCGCAACGCAACCGGUGCCGCCAUGUUUGAUGACGCAGGUUCAACACCGCGGCGCAAACCCGUGACGUAAACACAUCCGUCGGUGCGCCCCCGAACACCCUGUACACUUUAGUACUCAGUGUACACUUGACCGAGGAGGGAGGGCAAAACCAGAAAGUGGAUUCUUUUCAUUGGCUUUCGCGGGCGUAUCGAUGCCAACAUGAGCUCGUUUGCCGGUCGAAUGAAGGAAUAUCCGAAUAUUUCUCUGGAUUGCUUCGACCGUGACAAUUUGCACGCACGCGCCUACUUCUUGUCGCACUGUCACAAAGAUCACAUGAGAGGGAUCAAAGGUCCCAAACUGAAGCGAAGACUGCGCUCGAGCAGUCGAGUCAAACUGUACUGCUCGCCGGUGACCAAAGAACUUCUGCUGAGCAGCCGCAAGCACCUCUUCUGGGAGCGGUACAUUGUAAGACGUGCAGUUCCCUUGGAGCUGGAGAGCCCCACUCAGAUUUCGCUGGUGGACGAGGCGUCAGGAGAGAGCGAGGAGCUGGUGGUGACGCUGCUCCCUGCCGGACACUGUCCCGGAUCCGUCAUGUUCCUGUUUGAAGGCCGCCGUGGAAACGUGUUGUACACGGGAGACUUUAGGCUGGCCCUGGGAGACGUCGCCAGGAUGGAACAUCUGCAUUCGGGCGGCAGGGUGAAGGACAUCCGGAGCGUGUACGUGGACUCCACCUUCUUUGACCCGCGCUUCUACCAGAUUCCUUCCCGGGAGACGUGCGUGAGCGCUAUCGUGCGUCUGGUGGGCGACUGGAUCGCCCGCAGCGCCCUGCACGUGGUUUGGCUAAACUGCAAGGCGGCCUACGGCUACGAGUACUUGUUCACCAGGCUGGGCCAGGAGUUCAGCACGCGGGUACACGUGGACAACCUUCUGAUGUUCCGGAGGAUGCCGGAGAUCCUGAGCUACGUGACCCGCGAGCGCCGGACGCAGAUUCACGCCUGCCGACACUGGAAGAGUCAACAGUACGCCCACGGCAACCGGCUGCCGUGCGCCUGCGGCACUGGCGCCGACCUGCGUGUGCUCAGCAUCAAGCCGUCCACCAUGUGGUUCGGGGAGAGGACGCACGCUGGCGACGUGGUCAUCAAGUCGGGGAACAACGCCUUCCGAGCCUGCUUCAGCUUCCACUCGUCCUACUGCGAGGUCAAAGACUUCCUGUCCUACCUGCAGCCCGUGCAGGUCUUCCCCAACGUAGUCCCCAUGGGGAGCACCCUCGCCGAGGUCACGCGCAUGCUCCGGAUGACGUGCAGGAAGCGGCCGCGGGAUGACUUGGCUUACAAACCGCUGGGCCUGCUCAAACGCCGCCGCCUCGCCACACUGACAACGGCGCCGCCCGAUGCAGAUCCAGACAGCGACGACGACCUCUUUGAUGGCCUGGCGGCGGCUUUGCCGAAGAAGCUGCCACGGACGAGUCGGCAUCACCCCGACGCGCCCCAGGCAGCGCCCCAGGCCGCGCCCCAGGCCGCGCCCCACGCCACACCCCACGCCACCCCCGAGGAAAACUCACUGUGGCUCGUCGGACGCGACCGCAGCGACAUCAACAACUUCAUGGACUGCACCGAGUCCAACGACGAUGACGACAGCGAGGAGGACGAGCAAAGCGACCGAGACCAGACCAAAUGGCUGGAUGAAAGGGGAAGCCCCUGCGGCGAGCCGCCCAAAUGGGAGGACUUCUUCACCGUGGACAGCCAGAACAACCUCAACGGCCAACGGCAGGCCCGUCGCCCCCUUAGCCCCGCACUCUCCGGGCCGUCGAGCGAGCGGGAAGACGCCGACGACGUCGCCGCCGACGACGUCGCCGCCGACGACGUCGCCGCCGCCGACGACGUCGCCGCCGACGUCGCCGCCGACGACGUCGCCGCCGACUUCUCUCUCUCGCUGUCCGCCUCCUCGGCUUCCGAUCAUUCUUGGCAGAAGCGCGACGCUUCGGAAGCGGACGAGCCGCUUCCCUCCUCGCAGUCCUCGUCCGAUUUUGACGUAGCAUGCACGCCCGACUCCAAAAGGCCCACGCCCGAGCAGCUGGCGCGCCUCUACAGGAAGUUGGCCGACGGAGACGACCUUUCUUGCCCUGACUGAAUCCAAAGGACGGCUGGCUGGCCGGUUGGCUGGCUGGCUUCCCACUUUAGUGCCACAGAAUAAAGCUUUUUCAUCUUUCUUUCUUUCUUUCUUUCUUUCUUUCUUUCUUUCUUUCUUUCUUUCUUUCUUUCUUUCUUUCUUUCUUUCUUUCUUUCUUUCACUGAACCAACACGUGCUUGUUGGAAAAUAAAUAAAUGCCACAAACAA